UCUUUGUUCGUGUAUCCAACUGACAGCUGACUGGCUAAGAUCUAAUUACUUCCAAGUGAGGUCAGGGAAAGGCAUUUAUCGAACAGAACUGCAAAACAACAGGCUCAAGAUGCCCAGAAAAUCCCUCUCAUGUUAACACUUGAUUUAUGGAAACAAUUAUGAUUCUCUUGGAAUCUUCCUGGACUAGGAAAUUGUCCACAACGACGCACAGGCUGAUGUUGUGAGGGAGAAAAGCAAUGGAUUUCUUUUAUGCACAGUUUGUCUUCAACAAAAGUAAAACUUUAUUACCGUCAAACCUCUCUGUACAAAAGGAAGAUUCUAAUAGCAAGGAAGAUCAAGAAAUUCAAGACCACUACAAACUGAUUUGUUUAUAGAGGAAAGUUACAGUGCAUCAGUUCUCUGAAGAAACCCUGGCUCAGCACCAUAAAACCUUUUCAGGAAAGUUUACAUAGAUUCUAAAACUGCAAGUGCCACACAUAAAAAAGAGACUCAAGGUCACGGAGUCCAGGCAGAAGCUGAGACCCCAAACUAGCAGCAUCCGUCUGAUUCAUACUUUAAAUUGCAGUAUGUUAUUCAGGAGAACCCAGAGCAGUGCACUAUAAUGCGCAAAUGGAUGCAAACAUGGAUCCUGCCAACUCUGUUGUACAGACUAUACCUUCAUUGUAUCCUUCUAGCAGGGAGUGUGUCUUUUGCUUGCAAUGACAUGACUCCAGACCAACUAGCUGCAAGUGUGAACUGUUCCUCCAGUCCUGAGCGGCACACCAGAAGUUAUGACUACAUGGAAGGUGGAGAUGUCAGAAUAAGGAAACUUUUCUGUCGAACACAGUUCUAUCUGAGGAUUGAUAAAAAGGGGAAAAUCAAAGGCACAGCUAAUCCUAACUGCAAUUACUGUAUUUUGGAAAUCAGAACUGUGGCCGUUGGAGUUGUUGCUAUUCGAGGUAUAGAAAGUGACUACUUCCUAGCAAUGAACAAAUCUGGAAAAUUAUAUGGCAAGAAAACCUGCAAUGAAGACUGCAAUUUCAGAGAGCUUAUAGAGGAAAACAAUUACAAUACAUACGCUUCAGCAAAAUGGACACAUAAUCGCCAACAAAUGUUUGUUGCCUUGAACCAAAAAGGAGUAACCAUUAGAGGAAAAAGGACAAAGAAAGAAAAUAAAUCAUCUCAUUUUCUUCCUAUGGCAGUAUCGUAAUGAAGUACACACAAUGAGAACAAAAAUUCCAUUAAUAAAGGUCUUCCACCUCUGCACAUUUAUCACUGAAAUCCUAACCACACAAGCUAAAAUACUACUGACAUCUGGAACAAGCUGGGCUUGCGCUUUGCUAUAAAAACGUACUUAUAAUUUUGCACGACUGUAUUCAAUGCAUCCCAAUGUUACAACAGAUGUAAAAGGUGAAAGUUUGUAAAUUUAUUCCUAAACUUAUAUCAAGAAACAUUUGGAUGAAUGUCAUAUGACUGAUCAUCAUCAGCAAAUGUGUAAAGAAGUGCAAGUAGCUUGUACAUAGAACAUUUCCUUAAGUGAUAGUUUUAAGGGAUAAUGGUACUUCAUACUUAAACAGUAUUAUAUACAUUUUCAAGAUAAUCAUUGUAACAUUAAGACACCUUACAUUUGAUCUGAUACAAUUUUUUCCUUGAGAAAGCACUGUGGACUAUUGGGGAAUCAAAUAUCACAUAAUAUAUGAAUCUAGUGAUGAAUGUGUAGCUUUCCAUACAGCAUUUAAUUUUUGUAAUUCAGUAUUUUUAAAGAGAAAAAUGUAGUUACUGUAAUAUCUUUGAUUUUCACAAGAUGGAGAAUGUUUAAAAAUGUUGUGCACAAUCACAAACUUUGCCACAUUGUAUAUGACUUGUGAAAAUAAUGAUUCUACA